AGUCGUCCGCGGACAACCGGUCUUCGCGGCGGUAUUUUGCUGUCGCGCGCGCACCGGUCACGCCCGUACGUCGAAGCAACUGCCGCAGCAGCGUCAUGCAGUCGGUCGCGCACUCGGGGUCUUUGGUCUCGCUGGUAGUGGUGAUGGUCUUCGCUACCAUAUGGCCGUCCGCCGAGUCGUACCAAGUGGACAAGUACUCGCUGCUUAUGCCCAACGUCCGGCCCAAAAAGAUGGACUUGUAUUUGUGCACUCCUAUUAGAAUAGACCCAAGCAAGUCUUACUUUAUUGUCGGUUUCGAGCCAAAAGCACAUGGUCAUACAUCACAUCAUAUGUUACUUUAUGGGUGUUCGGAGCCCGGAAGCGAAGAUCCCGUUUGGAAUUGUGGAGAAAUGCAAAUGGCAUCGAGUAAACAUAAGUCGUACAUGCAUUCCAAUCCAUGCAAAUCAGGAUCUAAUAUAAUGUACGCAUGGGCUCGCGAUGCACCAACUUUGAAACUUCCAAAUGGUGUUGGGUUUAAAGUCGGUGGCGAUUCCCAGAUCAAUUAUUUAGUAUUACAGGUUCACUACCACAGGAUGUUUAAAGAUGACGAAACGGACAACUCUGGGAUAUAUUUGCACUACACAGAACAACAAUUAGACAAACAAGCCGGAGUAUACUUACUAGCUACAAACGGAAGAAUCCCUCCGAAUGCGAUCGAACACAUGGAAACAUCGUGCCCUCUCUACGAGAUAGGGAAAGUCAUACAUCCGUUUGCGUACAGGGUCCACACCCACGAACUUGGUAAAGUUGUAGCCGGUUACAGAGUAAAGAAUAUCAACAAAGAUGUACAAAAAUGGGAUCUGCUAGGAAAAAGAGACCCUAUGACUCCACAAAUGUUUUACCCAAUAGAGAACAAUAUUACCGUCGAGUCUGGUGAUAUAUUGGCUGCCAGGUGCACAAUGGAAAGCAGGCGAGACACCGUUACAAAAAUUGGCGCGACGAGCGACGACGAAAUGUGCAAUUUUUACGUUAUGUACUGGGUGGAGGGCACCGAACCUCUGGAACAACAGCUCUGCGUGUCGGAAGGAUCUCCGCGAUAUUAUUGGGACAGCGAUCCGUAUCUGACGAACAUACCGGACGAAGAAGCGUCGAUCUUAUAAAAAAAAAAAAAACCACUACCUAUAUAAUAUAGUGAACAAGACGUUUGUGUGUAUUAUUGAUAAUAUUUUUAUUUAUUUUUGGUUGUCAGACAUCUCGGUAUUCUAUAUUUUAAGAGUAUCCACGUCCCUAUUAAUAAUACCAAUAUUCCUUUUAUUUUUAAAUAAUUUAUUGUUGUUUAUCAUAAUUAUUAUUUUACGAUUGAGUUACCUAUUAUAAUAUAUUAUAUUAUAUUAUAGUAUUAUAUAAAUUAUAUAACGUAUCGACCAAA